AUGACCGACGCCAAGGUCCAGACGCACCUUCUCUACGACACGAUCUGGCGCGUCGACAAGGCCAACGAGCGCUUUGGCUCGUGCAAGGACGGCAAGACGAUCUUGAUUUUACAGCCAGGCCGGAGCCCGAUCAAGCCCUACAUUCGCAUCCCCGAAGGCAUGUACGCGAUCGUCCAGCGCUACGGGAAGGACCUCGAUUUUGAGCAUCCGGACGGGCGCCGUAGCCCGCUCUGGCCCGCGGGAUUUCACAUGGCGUCGAUCUUUACCAAGGUCGCAUACCUCGUCACCAAGCAAAACGUCGUCUUCAACACACCCGUCAAAGGCUGCAAGACCGCCGACAACGUCACGGUCCACAUCGACAUGUGUCUCGUGUUUCGCAUCAUGGGCGACAAAGCCAAGGGCGAGGACCCGACGCUCGUCAAGCGGUUCGUCUACGAGCUUGGGCCGCAGGGACUCGAGACGCAGCUGCGCAACGCCCAAGAGGAAGCCGUGCGCGCGCUCGCGCGAAGCGUCGAACACACCGAGGUCUACUCGCUCCGCGACGGCACGGUCAAGGAGCGCAUGGAAAACUCGCUUCAGACGCAGCCAGCGGCGCCCAUCGACGACUUGCUGUGUGACGAGGAAGAGACCAAGGCGGACGAGACGCCGUUGCCCGUCAAGUACCUCCAGGUCGAAGGCUCGUCCGAUAUACCGGCGGCCAAGGUGCUCUACAGCGUCACGGAAGACAUCAAGCACAACCUCAACAUGCAGUUCAAUCCGUACGGCGUCGAGAUCUCGUCGGUCGCGAUCACGAACACGCAAAUGGAGGAGAAGACAACGUACCAGAGCGCAAUCAAGGAGCAGACGAUGAAGCAGAUGAGCGACAUGCAGUUGCUGCAGUACAAGGAAGCGAUCGGCACGACCAAGCUCUCGAAGCGCAUGCGCCGCAUGGAAGAGACCGAGUCGGGGCACCGCCAGUGCGCCGAGAUCCAAAAAGCCAUCGACGUCAUCAAGGCCGACACGAAGCUCCUCGAGGCGCAGAUCAAGCAGGAGCAGAGCGUUCGUUGCGCCAAGAUUGUCGCCGACGCCGACCUCGCGAUCGCAAAGAUCACGGCCGAAACCGAAAUGAUCCAAACCGAGAUUCAGGCCGCGUGCGACGCCGAGGUGAUGCAGGUUUACGCCGAGCGUGACGCGCUCCAGCUCAAGAUGAAGGCCAACGUUGACCGGCUCCGCGCACUGGGCGAGGCCCGCGUCCAGGAGAUCCUCGCCGAAGCCGAGGGUGCGGCGGCGACUAAGCUCGAGCAACAGCGCGCGUUUGUGCUAAAGAUGCAGCGUCUCGACGUGACGAGUGCGAUGGCUGCCAACAAGGACGUUGUGGUUGCUGGCAACGGCAACAAGAACCUGCUCGCUGAUGUCUUCGUCGCGCAGCAAAAGGCCAAUCUGCUCCUAAACCUCCCAGGCAUCUCGACGUAA